CCCAAAUUAGAUUUGAGUCAAACAAAUUAGUCAACACUUAUAUCUUUUUUGUUUUCCAAGUCAUCUAGGUCUUGUCUUCAUCUUCUGUUCCAAGGUCUCUAAUCAUAUGUGAGGGAGAAUCUGUUUAACACAUUUGGGGGACAGAUCUGUAUUUGACCCACUAGCAUUAUUCAAACGCGAAUAAUCACAAAAGCUCUAUACUAUAUUGUACAAACAGCAUCUUCAGCCAGAACAUGGAGGUCUUUCAAUGGCUCUUCAAGUUAGGAAAGGAAAUAGGCAAAUCAGAGUCAUUUUCAUCCAAUGGUACUGCUCAUGAAGCCGCUACAACUCUAACAAAUCGCAGAACAAGAAAGUCAUCAACAAGAGGGUCUAAACAUAAAAACCAGAGGAAUUACAGAAGAAUAUGGUUAUGGUGUCAAAAAGAUGUAGCUGACGCUUGUUUCUAUAGCACACUGAAUUUAAGAAGACUUGGCAGCUUGAAGAGAGAACAUUUGCUUCGUGCCAUGGCGAAAUUGAAGGCACAAGUAGGAGAAGAAAAAGAAGUGCCACUGACAAGGUUUGAUCCGAAAAAGGCUAUCAAAGCCUUGGAACCGGAGAAACAUGAAGAAAGCAAAAAAGAGAAGGUGAACAGCGAGCAGACCAAAGCUAAAACUAAGGCCACGCUUUCAAGGAUGAAGGAGCUUAUUAAAUGGGCUGCAGCAGCCAAAUCCGACAAGGCUGCCAAAUUCUUUACCCCUAAGAUAAUGGGGUUAAGAAACGGAAGAAAGUUGAAGACAAUGAGAGAGGCGAAUAAAGAAUCAAAAAGAAUGAGCAGUGCAAGUAUAAGUUUGAGAUGGGAGAGUUGUGAGAGUUGCACAACAUUCUCUUCCUCUGAUCACAUCUCCAUUGUUUCUGCACCAGCAAACUUCGAUUCCUUGGGUCCUAAGCCACCUUAUCAAUGUCGAUCCAGGAAAGGCAACUGGAUCACCACUGAUUCUGAAUUUGUGGUGUUAGAAUUAUGAGAUAGAUGUGGAUGGCGACGAUGGCGAGUACAACCAAUUAAUUCCGUCGUCUCCGGACCAUUCGCGAUUAAUUUAUAAUUGUUAUUUUUCUGAAAUUUCAGUUUUAUUUUAUAUAAUUCAUAAUAGAUGAUCGGUCUAUGUGAUGCCUCGACAUGAGAAAGUAAUUAAUUGUUUUUAUAUUCUAGUAUCAGUAUUGGUAACUAUUAUCAGUUUUGAAUCUUUUGAUACAAUAUG